AUGGCUGUCACAGCCGAAGAAAAGUACGAUGGCCCCAAAGAGAUUGAUGAUGUCGAUGCCUACAAGACCCCCGGUGAUGUCGUUGAGGGACAGGCCUCUGCCAGGAUAGGGGUACUGCACCGUCGGCUCGCCAAUCGACAGAUCCAGCUGGUGGCCAUUGGAGGGUCCAUUGGCACUGGUCUGUUUAUUGCCAUUGGCACUGGGCUCUACAAAGGUGGUCCGGCGAGUUUGUUUAUCGCGUUUAUAAUCGAGGCUCUGAUGGUCGGGAUGCUUAACAACUGCCUUGCGGAAAUGACAACGUACAUGCCUGUGAGCGGUGGCUUUAUCAGAUUGGCAGGUAAAUGGGUUGAUGAAGCCUUUGGCUUUAUGGCUGGAUGGAAUUUCUUUAUUUACAUGGCUCUUACGGUGCCGUUUGAAAUUUCCGCGGUCAAUCUACUGCUGGAGUAUUGGCGAGAUGAUAUCCCGGUUGUUGCUGUGUGCAUUGCUUGCAUUGUUGCCUAUGCAUUAAUUAACCUCCUUGCGGUCGGCACCUACGGAGAGGCGGAAUUCUGGCUCAGCGGAGGCAAGGUCAUCUUAAUCUUCAUGUUGUUCCUGUUUACAUUCGUCACGAUGGUCGGAGGUAACCCACAAGGCGAUGCCUAUGGAUUUCGCCACUGGAAUACACCCGGUCCCUUCGCAGCCCAUGACGGGGGUGACAAACUGGCUCGCUUUGAAGGCUUCCUGGGCGCCCUGUGGAUUGCCCUUUUCACGGUCGUUGGGCCGGAGUAUAUAUCCAUGGUGGCAGCAGAGGCCAAGCAUCCUCGGAUCUAUCUUAAAAAGGCCUUUAUAACAGUCUACUGGCGUUUUGGAGUGUUUUUCGUGGGAGGUGCUCUCUGCGUUGGAAUUCUAGUCGCCCAUAACGAUCCUCUCCUCGUCAGCGCCAUCGAAAGUGGCAAGUCAUCGGCUUCUGCCUCCCCCUACGUGAUUGCGAUGUCGAAUCUUGGUGUUGGCGUGUUGCCUCACAUUGUCACUGCUCUCAUGGUGACUACCGUCUUUUCCGCUGGGAAUACCUACACCUACGCUGCCACUCGAGCACUGCACGGUUUAGCAGUCUCAGGCCAUGCACCUCGCUUCUUCGCAAAGACAACAGCAAAGGGUAUACCUAUCUACAGCUUCGGUGUUGUCAUAGCCUUCGCCUGCCUCUCCUUCCUCCAGCUAUCUGGUGGUUCAAUGCAAGUGCUGGAAUGGCUGAUCAGUAUAACCACUGCCAAUAUCCUAAUCGACUACAUCAUCAUCACGACAACCUACGUCUCCUUCUAUCGCGCUUGCAAGGCUCAGGGAUUCGAUCGAUCUAACCUUCCGUACUUUGGCCGAUUCCAGCCAUAUUCUGGCUAUGUCUCCCUCGCCUGGAUGAUAGCCAUGGCUGGGUGCUUUGGGUAUGAAAGCUUCAGGCCCUGGUCGACGUCGACUUUCUUCCUUAACUACACGAUGGUCCUGCUGGCGCCGAUCACAUUUACUGCUUGGAAGGUGUGGAAGAAGACGAGGUGGCUACGGCCCAAUGAGCUGGACUUGACAUGGGAGGCAGAGCUUAUAGCGGCAUAUGAGCAGACAGAGGAAGACCAGCCUACGGGCUUUUGGAAGGAGAUGGUUCACAUGGUGAAUUUCAAACUGCAAGAAUAG